AUCCGCUGGCGGCGGCGUGGGCCCGCGUUGCCGGGCAGUCAGCUGGCCGCGGGGUGGUAAGAGGGCGGGCGGCGGAGGACGGCCGCGUUAGGGAGUUUGGUCGUGUCCUGCCGGUCGUCGGGAGGGUGCGAAGGCGUCCGCUCCGCUAUGGCUGAGACUAUCGCGGACACCCGGCGGCUGAUCAGCAAGCCGCAGAACCUGAACGACGCCUAUGGGCCUCCCAGCAACUUCCUAGAGAUCGACGUGGGCAACCCGCAGACCGUGGGAGUGGGCCGCGGCCGCUUCACCACCUACGAGAUCCGCGUCAAGACAAAUCUUCCUAUCUUCAAAUUGAAAGAAUCUACAGUCAGAAGAAGAUACAGUGACUUCGAAUGGCUAAGGAAUGAGCUAGAAAGAGAAAGCAAGGUCGUGGUACCGCCUUUACCAGGAAAAGCUCUUCUUCGUCAGCUCCCCUUCCGAGGAGAUGAUGGUAUAUUUGAUGAUUCCUUUAUAGAGGAAAGGAAGCAAGCUCUUGAGCAAUUCAUAAACAAGGUUGCAGGCCACCCACUGGCACAGAAUGAACGCUGUCUUCAUAUGUUCUUACAAGAUGAAGUAAUAGACAAAAACUACACACCAUCCAAAAUAAGACAUACUUGAAUUCUGAAAUCCUUUCCAAACAUUAGUGGUUCUUAUGCUUGAUUUUUAAGAGGUUGUAGUUUGUCUUAGCAUGCUGAGGAUAAACAGGCACAAAGUCUCCACUAACAUCAGUACACUGCUUGGUCUUUGCAUAUACUUUAUAGCAUUAAAAAACUCACUUGUCUUUUAUCUUAAUCCCUCUGAUUCAAGAGUACUAUAUUAUGAGACCAUCCACCCCUUGCAAUGUCUCACAAACCUUUCCACUCACUUGCAAUGACUUAACAAUGUUUACUGACUUGGCCUUACUUGAACUUGCACAGUUGUAGUGUCACAUGUUCACUUGUAUUUGACUAAACUGCUAUGCUUUCUGAGGUAGUCAUUUGUCUGAACUUCUUUAAGAGACUGCUUUCUUUCUGAUAACCCUAUGUGAGAUCACUUAUGCAAUUGUCUUCAAGCUUGUAAAACACUUUAUACUGAAAUAAUGAGGGAAUUAUCUUUAUAUUCUGUAAGAGGAAAAAUCAAAUUUAUAUACUAAAAUAACUUGUCUAAAAGUUUUGAAAUAAAAGUGAAAAUGCACUUCAGGUGUUUGUCACUCUUGACCUUGAGUGUGGACUAUCUCAUCAUUUCUGAGAAGCAAAGACUUUGCUAUUCUGAGUGAACUGAUGUUUCAGCCUUGCUGUAAUAUUCUUCUGCAAGGUAGUGCUUUGCCCCUAACAGCUAACCCUGUAAUGCCCUGGGAUAUGGGCAUUCACCAAUCCAGUGUUAUCAUAGAAUGGCUUGGGUUGGAAGGGACCUUGAGGGUCAUCAGAGAUGGGGCAUCCACAACCUGUCUGGGCAACCUGUUCCAGCAUCUCACCACCCUCUCAGUGAAAAACUGUCAUUCAUAAAGGUGCUGAAGAGCACCAGUUCCAAGACAGACCACUGGAGGAAAUCACUUGUCACCAGCCUUCACCUGGCCAUAGAGCUGUUGACCAUAAUCUUCUGUCUAUGACUUCCAACCAAUUCCUUAUCCAUCAAAUAGUCCACCCUUAAAAUCUGUAUCUCUCAAUUUUAGAGAUGAGGAUGUUAGUGAGGAACCACGUCAAAGGCUUUGAAGUCCAGGUAGAUGACAUCAGUUGCCUUCCCUUUGUCCACUGAUGCCAUCACAUAUAGAAAGCUACUAGGUUAGUCAGGAAUGACCCUCCCUUGUUGAAGCUGUGCUGGCUGUCUCAGAUAACCUGUUUAUCCUAUGUGUGCCUUAGCGUGUCUUCCAAGAGGAUCUGUUCCAUGAUCGUCCCAGGCACAAAGGUGAUGCUUACUGGCCUGUAGUUCCCCAGAUCUUCCCUCUCUUAUAAAUGGGAAUGGUGUUUUCCUUUUUGUCACAUUAUGAAAUGUGGAAAGUAUUAAAGGUUGUUCCAGCAUUGUUCAGCCUGUUCACGGUAGUCAACAGAUACAUGGCUUCAUUAAACUUCGAAGAAGGCUACAUCUUCAUUUGGUAUGAGAAGCCUCAAUUUAGAUUCAGCUAUUACAUGAAAAUUAUACCAUUCUGCAGAGAAAGAAAUGUUGACAUAACCUGUCAUAGGGCUUUUAGGUCUUAUAGCUGAAGAUUAAGGUGGUUCUGAUCUGCAACUGCCAUGUGGAAUAUAGAGUCAUGUAAGCAUGCUGUGCAGUGUGCUCGCUUCCCUGAAUGUUAAGAGAAGGAAAGGCUGUAACAUUGUGCUUUUAUGACCAAUGGUGAAAUGCAGAUUAUGAAUGCCUAAACUUGAGUUUGCAAGUAACAGCACUGAAACAAUCUUUCUCCCUAAAUGCUUUUAUGGCUACAAAAGCCUUCUUAGUAUUCUGAAAUAUGAUGUGGAAGUUACCUAUCCAGAUGCUCUUGAAAACCGGUUCAAGAACACUAGCAAUCUGAUCCAAUGUUUUGUGUUCUUAACAGUGCAUGUUCUAAACAAUUUGAGUGCAUGUUGGCUUAGAGUUGGUUUUGCUGCUUUUUCCUUCCUAUAUAAAAAUGUACUCUGUUCUGCCACAAUGUAAAGAACAUGCUACAAACAUGCAAAGUUACUAAUUUUCUUUAAAUAAGACUGUUAAUCUCAUUUUAAACUUCUACUCUGUCAUUUGUAUCGAAUUCUGGAUGUGAAAGCUUGAGCUGACAAAAUAUCGGCGGGCUGACUGGGUUAUGUGUAGUAUCAGUGAACACUUGUCUUUAAGCAUUCUAUUUUGUGGCUGCAAUAAAAGAAGAAUUCAUUUCUGACUGUAUCAACAAAAAUUA